ACCUAGCCAAACCCAGCCAGACCCAGCCAGACUUAGACAGACCCAGCCAGACCUAGCCAGACCUAGCCGGACCAAGACAGACGCAGUUGGACCCAGUUGGAACGGUGCGUUCAGUGUCUGGUCCAGGAUGUGGAUCUUCCUGAUGUUGCUCUGCUUGCUGGGUCAGAACCAGGCGUUUCCAUGGGAACACAGCAGCUUUGGGCCACUCCAGGAACAGCUGGACCAGAGCACACCUUCUCCCGUCACCGGACAGACAUCAUCUUCCUCUUCAUCGUCUUCUUCCUCCUCGUCUUCAUCAGAGUCCUCCGAGAGCCAGAGUUCAGAGACUCAACAGCUGAGAGUUGCAGAUGGAAUCUCCCCCGGUGACGGCAACCUGUGGGCCAAUCAACUGCUUUCACUUGGAGACAAAGACACCGGGGACGCUGGAGAAGCAGUGGACACCGUGGAUACAGGGGACACCGUGGACACCGUGGACGCAGGGGACACCGUGGAUGCCGUGAACGCAGGGGACACCGUGGAUGCCGGGGACACCGUGGAUACAGGGGACACCGUGGACACAGGGGACGCCGUGGAUACAGGGGUCACGGUGGACACAGGGGACGCCAUGGACACGGUGGACGCAGGGGACACCGUGGACACGGUGGAUGCAGGGGACACCGUGGACACAGGGGACGCCUUGCAUGCCGGGGACGUGUCCCUUCCUGUGGGCGGGGCCUUUGUGGAACAGGAGGCCUUCUCCCCCCUCCCGUCUCUACGGCAACGUGGCGAAGCUGCCUCCGUAGUGGGCCUGUCCAGAGAAUAUGUGGGCGGAGCCAGAACAGAUGUGGGCGCAGAGUUUCCUCGCUUGUCGGACAACAGCGCAGAGUUUCCGGUGAACUUCGACUCAGCGCACCACGGUUACUAUGGAGACGAGAUGGGGCUACAGCUGCAGUUGUGACAAGGCCACGCCCCCUUCUCCUGUCGACCAAUCACUAACUAAUCAUUAUAACCUGAUUUACAUCUAAUGUACUCCGUGUGUUUCAGAAAGCCUGUUGUAACAUCUGGCACAUUUAUAUUAUAAUAUACUAAUUAAUA